GAGAGCUCAAGAACUCAAGUUAAAAAAACUAUGUGGUCUUUGUAAAGCAUCAUUUGAAGACAAUAAAGAAUUAUUUGAUCACUUAGAGUGCCAUAAAAUAGAUAAAAUGUGUAAAUUAUGUCAUGAAAUAUUUACCGAAUGGCCGGAAAUACUAGGCCACAGAUUCCGACAUACUCCAGAUAGUCAAAAAAGGUGCCAUAUGUGUAAUAAAUAUUGUAUUAAUCAUGUACAUAUGGAGCAUCAUUAUAGGAAAAUGCAUUAUGAUGGAAGUAUUAAGUUAAAAUGUAACCAGUGUGACCGAACCUAUGACACGCCGCGAAAUUUAAGAAAACAUAAAUCGAAUGUACAUUCUGAUAAACAGUUUAUCUGUGAUGAUUGUGGGGAAACAUUCAAUACAAAGUGCAAAAUUAAAAUACAUGUAUUAAGACAUACUACUAUAAAGCGGCAUGUUUGUAAACUAUGUGGAUAUUCAACCAAAUAUGUUAGCGGUCUGAGGGAGCAUAAUUUGAGAAAACAUACAGCUUUAAAAGUUUAUUGCACUGGCUGCGGUGCGGUGUUUUCAUGUCAAGAAAAACUUGACAAACAUAUUUGUAAGCAAAAGUCCAGAGUCUGUCCAAUAUGCGGCAUAAAAAUGAAUAAAUCUUCAAUGAUAUAUCGUCAUUUAAAAACUCAUGAUGAAGAAAAGCCGUACAAAUGCGAGGUGUGCGGCAACACGUAUAUGAACAAAGUGUCGCUGCAGAUGCACCUCGACAAGCACAACGGCAACCGCACCAAGCAGUGUCAGUACUGCCCUGCAAAAUUCUUCUACGGAUCUGCUUUGAACAAACAUCGCCGCAUACAUACAGGAGAACGGCCGUACGUUUGUCAAACUUGCGGCAGAAGUUUUACCAGUAAUUUUAACCUCAAAGUACACCGGCGGGUCCAUGGCGAAUACUUGAUAAACAAGAAAGUCAAACCUGAAGAUAUAACCAAUGUAAUAUGAUAUUAAAAUAAAUAAAAUAAGCAAAUAUUUCGAAACAUUUCUUUAUAAAUAAAUUACCAUAGAAAUACAGAUUAUAUCUAAGUAAAAAAAGUAAACGUAUCACAUACAAAAGAGUCUUUGGCAAGUACAAAAUGUACUAUAAAAUUUUUAAAUUUACAAAAGUAUAUAAAGUCGAAGGUAGAAACAUUAACGAAACAAAUCCAUCUAGAUAAUAUUGUUUAAAAAAAAUUACAUGCUAAGAAAACAUUACAAUACUGGCAAGAAUACAAUAAAAAAGAUGUAGAAAAAAUGUUACGGUUAUUAUUUUAAAUUACAUUCCUUAUUUUUAGUGAUUUUAAUAACACGACAAUUACAUACAAUUUUUGCAUAUUUUUCACAGUAGAGAAAUAUGCUUUUAGUAAUGUCAUGGCAAUAUUAUAUACAUAAUUUUUUUAUUUCCACAUAGACACAAAAUGUGAUUUUUGUUAUAUUUAAGGCAGUGUUUUGUUACUGUGGGUUUUUACUGUAUAAAUUUGUAAAAACAUAUUUUCAUCCCACUCAUUCUCUUUGAAAUGACAAGGAUGGCAAUAUAUAUUAAUACAAUUACUACGGCAGUGACAUUUCGUUACAAGAGCGUCGCCAGCCGAUGAUAAAGGCUAAAAUUAAGGGAGAUGGAGAUUGUAGUAAUUUAUUCCCAAUUUGCUUAUCAAUAAAAAAUUGGUGGUUUUCUUUUCAUUAAAACUGACAAGUAGUUUUUGAGUUAUUUACAUAGAUCUAGGGUUAGUAAGCAUCUUAGUAUUUCCAAAUAGUCUGUGUUAAUUUUCUUAAAAACUCUCGGCCAUCCAUUGCCGACGCCCAUAGGUUCUUUCAAUGAUAAAAAAAUUAUUUUUAAAGUGUGGACAAUUCAAUAUUGUACAAUAAU